CCCAGACCCAGGCGCUGGAACAUUUUAGCCCAGACCCCCCAAAAACGCAAACACAGCAAAAAUGGCCUCGCCGGAUGUCGUCUGCCAGCCCUGCGGCUCCGCACUCGGGGCACCCACGAAGGAGUGCAGCGCCAGCGUGAGAUAACCUCGUUUCCAGCUGUCAGCCGAAGAAUUGGGCAGUCGGAGCGCCCACGAGUGAUACUCGCGGUCGCAAUGUUCCCGAUCGCGCAGCAGUAAGCAUCUUACUUCAACCGCGCAACCGCUGUCGCGCCGCAUCGCGACGUCACGACCGUCCGCGGGCGCCGCGAUCGAGAAAAAUUUCAAGCGCUGUCGUCGCGCCGCAUCGACAUCAUGACCGUUCGUGGGUUCGAGAUAUUCUUGUGCAGGUUCGGCGGCGCCAAGAUGUGGCUCAAGAAGGACCUGCCCGACGGCCGCCAGGUGCAGCGCAUCUUCAUCCCCAAGGGCUUCGACUGGGUGAAAACCAUCAGCCCGAUGCUCUCGAAGGCCGGCGAGGGCCCCGUCAUGUGGUGCCCGGUGACGCACUUCGGCUACCUCGAGAGCGGCUCCAUGGGCAUCAAGUUCAAGGACGACCCCGACAACAUCAAGAUCAUCAAGGUGGGGCGGCCGUGUGGAAAUCAGAUUUCGCGGGCUUCGCCACUGCACGCCAUCGACGCCUGCUCACUGGUCGAUUUGCGCACAGGCGGGCGAGACCUACCUCGUGCCGCCGGGCCACAUCCCCGUCAUGAACGAGGACGCCGU